AUGGCACAACUUCCGUUUAAGCCGGUGAGUUUUGUUGAAGGAGGUUUGAUAUCGUUUUCUUGUUCCGAUAAGGCAAAAAACGAGGAUGAGAAGCCGGAUGAAGCACGUUCUACUCUUGCCGGAACUGAAGCGAAAGAUUUCUACGAACAUUGCAUUUGUCAGGCUUCGUCCCGCUCUUCAGUUCCGCCUCGUUUUCUCCCAUCCGUGCGAGAAGCCUCAGGUUGUUCUGGAAAAAUCAAAAGAAGAGACGGAAACAGGAUUCACAAUUCUUCAAAGGUCGGCUGCAGCGUUGAUACUUUGUUCAAAGCUGCUGCUGCGGGUGAUACGACAGUGGUCAAGGAAUGCCUCGCAUCCGGAAUGGACGUAAACGUUUAUGACCAGUACAAAUGGACUGCGCUUAUGUGUGCCGCUUUUGCCGGACAAACGGAUGUGGUGAUGUUACUGCUGAACAAAAGGGCAGAUCGACGGCUAAUCAACCAGAAGGGUAAGACGGCUUGUGACCUCGCUGCGGAUCAGGGACACAAAGAUAUUGUCUAUUUGCUACAUGGCAAUAAAGGUAAUGGAAUUUUUCAUGUAUAUUACCACGUGUACGUAAAGUGCCACGGAAGUUUUUUAAGCUGUGCAGACGCAUUCUGUUUUAUACUGAGAUGUAAUUAUAUAUGCGCUUUAAACAUGAUGCCGAACGAAGACAAUUACGUAAUAAGGAGCGAAUAUCGAAACAUGAAAGCCGAAGCUAACAAAUGCGAAAACGAAUUCCAUGAUAACAAAUACUACUGCGACGACUGUAGAACUUAUUUUCACUCGCCAUCGCAUUAUUCUUCGACGGCACACUUGUUCAACACAUGGACUGUGCAUUUGCAACCAUCGUACAGUAUUUCGCGGUCCAACAGAGGCUACAGGCUGAUGAUGAAAAAUGGUUGGAACGAAAGUUCGGGUCUGGGACCAUCAGGCAAAGGAUGUCAUUACCCGCUGAAGACUCUUUUAAAACGAGACCGGAAAGGUUUGGGUAUGCCGACCAAACAGAAACCGAAAGUUACCCAUUUUGAACCUUUCGACGAGAGCGCUAUCACCGGCAAAUGGGGUUACAAAAUGCCCAAAAUUCAGCGCAAACGUGAUCUGGAGUACCUGCUAAAAAAACGUAAGCAUGAAGAAAAGAAAUUUCGACGUCAAUUUUACUGAAU